AAAGUCAAAACUAAAAAAUCAUUUUUGCUUUUGACCAAAACUGUAUGUAAUCUAGCAGGUCAGAGCUGCAAAAUUCGAAAAUAUGCUACAAUAGAGCCAAUUUCGGAGCCUGGGUGCGAGAUUCGGAAAACCAGGGAAAAUGGGAAGCGCAGGCGUACCGCAUACCAUCAUCUGGUGCGGCAGUGAUGCGGGCCUCCAGCCGCCAAGAUCCAUCCAGCUGCAUGGGCAGAGCCACCACCUGGAGCAGCAGGAUCAGGAACAGCACCACCGGGGGGAUGUGCAGCAGCAGCAGCAGCAAAAGCAGCAGGAUCAGGCGCCGGCGGAAGAGCAGGAUUCGAAGGCGGUGAACGGCAAGGAUGGUGUUCCCAAUCAGGACACGUCAGCCGGUUCCAGCCAGGAUCAGGAUGGGGAUCAGGCCCAGGAUUCCACCAAGAAGCGCUGCGACAAGUGCGGCAAGAAACUCGGUCUCACCGGCGGUUUUCCCUGUCGUUGUGGUGGCACCUAUUGCGCCGUCCACCGCUACAGUGACCGCCAUGAAUGCAAUUUCGACUAUCGCGAGAUGGGCGCCAACGAAAUCCGGCGUGAUAAUCCCGUCGUCGUCGCCAGCAAACUCCGAAAGCUCUAGACCCUCCAUCCAGGAUAUCUCCCAAGGAACCGAACAAACCGAAACACAGCUGGAUUAUCCUUUAAGAGGGAUGGAUCACCUCGGUGGAGGUAUCCAUUUUAGCCAAAGGGAUGAGAAAUUUACGGCUGGCUGAGAUUACAAUAAACACCAGUGCCCAGUAAUUUGGAUUGAGGUUUACAUUAAGAACGGUUGGCAAAAUACAAAAAUAGCAUCACUAAGUAGAAUA